GCCAGAUCGACACACCGCUGCAAAUAGAAGACGCUCCCCAAACUCCGGCCAAAGUCUCGUCAAGUCGUCCCCGCGUGGUCGCCGCCGCCGCCGCACCACCAACAGCCGGCGGCGACCAAAUGCGCUCGCAGUCGCCGUAGCGCCGCGCCAUCGCCCACACGUAGGGAGGCGCACGAUGGAGGCGGACGAGCGGGUGGAGGAGGCGCGGCGCGAGAAGGAGGCCGGCAACGACGCCUACCGCAAGCAAUUCCUCGAGACGGCCGUCGGCCACUACACCCGCGGCGCGCUCCUCGACCCCAGCGACAUCUCCUUCCUCACCAACCGCGCCGCCGCCUACUUCCACCUGGGCAAGUCCAAGGAAUGCGUGAGGGAUUGCGACGAGGCGGUGGAGCGCGGCCGGGAACUGCGCGCCGACAACAAGCUGAUCGCGAGGGCGCUGUCGCGGAAAGCGUCGGUGCUGCUCAAGCUUGCGGGCUGCGCCGGGGACUACGCGCCAGCGAUCAGGGCCCUGCAGCAGUCGCUGGCCGAGCACUACAGCGAGGACACGCUAGAAAAGCUGGACGAGGCGGAGAGCGCGAGGAAGGAGCUGGAGGAGCAGGAGCGACUGAAUCAGGAGGCCGCCGACCACCACCGCGAGAGAGGCAAUGAAUUUUUCAAGCAGAAGAAAUACCAUGAAGCAGCAAUGCACUACACUCAAGCUAUGAAAAUGAACCCAAAGGAUCCAAGAAUGUUUAGCAACAGAGCUCAAUGCCACAUAUAUCUGGGAGCUUUGCCUCAAGGUCUUGAGGAUGCAGAGAAAUGUGUUGAACUCGACCCUACUUUUUUUAAGGGCUAUGUGCGUAAAGCUAAAGUUCAGUUCCUGAUGGAAAAUUAUGAAAAUGCUCUGGCAACUUACCUAGAGGGUUUGAAGUGUGACCCAAACAAUCUGGAAGUACUUGAUGGCUUAAGGAGAUGUGCAGCAUGCCUUAAGAGGGCUAAUGGGGAUGAUGGUGAGCUUGAGGACUUGAAAGAGAUGUUGGGAAAUUUCCGUCCAGAAGAUGAUUUGCAUAAAUUCCAAAAAGCAAUGGAACAAGCUGCAAUAUUCAAGAAUGAAGCUUCUGACGAGCGCUUGAGGCGUAUUGAAUCUGAUCGAAUGGCUAAAACAAUGGAGGAAUAUCUUUCAGGGGUGAAACAAGAGUUGGAACAACUUAAAAUACAACAAGAUGAGGUCACGGAGAAACUUCGUAAGGCCAAUGAGCGUAGUGAGCAUCUACAAGCUCACCUAUCUGAAUCCAGAGGGCAAUAUGACUGGCUUCUGUCAGAGCAUGAUCACUUGCUACACGAGAGGGACCAUGCUGUCCGUGAGGUUGAAGAGUUACGUCAGAAAAGAAACCAGAUGCUUUCGGUUUUGGUUACAUCAAUGCACUGUGAGUUUUCAUCAUCUGAACUGGAGCGUGCAACUGAAAAUUUCAGCAGUUCGCUGAUGAUUGGAGAAGGUGGGUUUGGAUGUGUAUACAGAGGUAUCCUGCGGAACAUGAUGGUUGCAAUAAAAGUGUUGAAGCCUGAUAGUUUACAGGGACAAUCACAGUUUGAGCAACAGGUUUCUAUCCUGAGUAGAGUGAGGCACCCUCACCUUGUAACGCUGUUAGGAGCAUGCUCAGAGUCAUCUGCACUUGUCUACGAGUUCUUACCAAAUGGAAGUCUUGAAGAUUUUCUUGUGACUGCAGAAAAGAGGCGAACUCUACCGUGGCAAAUUCGCAUCCGAAUUAUUGCUGAGAUUUGUUCGGCGCUGAUCUUCCUGCACAAGAAUAAACCUCAUCCAGUUGUUCAUGGAGAUCUGAAGCCUGCCAACAUCCUUCUUGAUGUUAACUUGGUCAGUAAGCUUAGUGACUUUGGUAUUUCUCGCCUCCUAAUUCAGUCCAGCACCAAUAACACUACCCUGUAUCACACCACGCAUCUGGUGGGAACCCCUUUGUACAUGGACCCCGAAUUUCUUGCCACUGGAGAGCUGACGCCUCACUCAGAUGUUUAUUCUUUCGGGAUUGUGGUCUUACGCCUUUUGACAGGAAAGCCUCCUGUUCUUAUAAAGAAGAUUGUGGAGGAUGCGAUGGAGAAAGGUGACCUAAACUCAGUAGUUGAUACCUCAGCAGGAGAGUGGCCUGAUGUGCAUGUCCAGCAGUUAGCACACCUUGCUCUCAGUUGCACGGAACUUAGCCGGUGGUGCCGUCCUGAUAUUUCAUGUGAGGUGUGGAGAGUGGUUGAGGCGAUGAGGGAUGCUGCAACAUCAUCUUCAGCCUCAUCUUCUAGAUCAGUGUCGGAUGAAAACUGCACACCGUCAUAUUUCAUCUGCCCUAUAUCUCAGGAUGUCAUGGAUGAUCCACAUAUUGCAGCGGAUGGAUUCACUUACGAAGCUGAGGCCAUCAGGAGCUGGCUCGAUAGUGGCCACGACACAUCUCCUAUGACCAACUUGCGACUUGAACACGAUGUGCUCAUUCCCAAUCAUGCACUUCGCUCUGCCAUUCAGGAAUGGCUCCAGCAGCAGAAAACGGCACUGUAGUCUGUUCAAUUGCUGCGUACUUCCCCGCCACAAAUAUUAGUAUGGUGCCUCUACCAAAGUCUUCGUCCUAACAGGUCGUAUUACUCGUCAUCAUCUACCGUUUGGCGCUACGUCAACUGCCAUCGCCUGUAUAGGAUUAGCAUUUAACUACUUGUACCUGUGUACCAUUUAAUGUUGCUAGUGUUCGAUCACUUAGAUAGUGAUGCCUGUCAAAACCUGUCUGUCCUUUUUAAGCCCAGAGAUCAGGGAAUAUAGUCCAUAUGUUACUUUUUGUGAAUUAUUGUCCGAUCUGUUGAACCUUUCAGCUGUAUAUGCUCAUGCUAUUGAAUUCUA